CCACAGAGGUUCGAGUGUUGGGUUUCGAUUGGAGACAUGGCGUUUACGUUGAGGGGCCUGAAGGUGCCGCCGAACUCGGUGAACCUGGAGGAGGCCAGGGGUCGGGUCUUCGACUUCUUCAGGUCGGCUUGCAGAUCGAUGCCGGCGAUCAUGGACAUCUACAACCUCCACGACGUUGUCACCAUCUCCCAGCUCCGUUCCACCAUCGCCUCCGAUAUCCGCAAAAACGCUCACGUCACUAACCCCAAGGUGAUUGAUAUGCUGCUCUUUAAGGGGAUGGAAGAGCUGGGCAACAUCGUGGAGCAUGCAAAGCAGCGGCACCACAUCAUUGGCCAAUAUGUUGUGGGUCGUCAAGGGCUUGUGCAAGAUUUGAACACUAAGGAUGAUGGCAUGUCGGAUUUCCUCAAGAAUUUCUAUAACAGCAAUUACCUUUGAUCCUUCAAUAUUUUAGGGAUAUUGCCCCUCUUGAGCUUCUACCUUUCAGGUGUUGACUUUCCUCAUUUCAUAAUAAUGACUUGGAAUUGUUUCCAUAUCUUUUUGUUGGGUAAAGUUAUGUAUCUUCUUAUUCAUCCCUGCGAGGGAACCUGAUGACUAUUCAUUGUGCUGCUGUUAGCCGUCACUGAUGAAGAGAUGGCAAUGUCUAUGUCAGUGGUAAAGCCAUAUAACAAAUUAGCAGUCUCUUUUACAUCACCAGGCACCAGCUACUAUUGUAUGCUUUUACAACUCUAUUCUUUGCAUUGUAGUCAUUGUCCAUAUACAUGUGAUUUGAGUGAAAGGAACUUGGUUUUCCUUAAAUAAAGUAUUGAGUUUGAGUUUUGUGAAUGAAAAACAAAUGUUGCA